AUGGUGCGGGAGCGAGAACGUGAACAGCGCGGUUGGGUGUGUCAUCUAUGCACCAAGAUCAACCCAAGCGAGUCGUCAUGCAGCUGCGCAUGCUGCGGUCGGCCACGGGACUUCGCUGUGAAGAGCAUCUCAGACAACAAGGUCUCGAAAGCGCUCAUGUUGCACGGUGAUUUGUCCACUGUCGCCCGUCCAGAACAAGUGCACAACAUGGUGCGGGGUGGCAUAAAGCCUGACAUGACAAGCAUGGACGGACUCACGGCGUUGCACUGCGCCGCCCUCCAUGGCCAGGCAGCAAUAGUCCGUGCACUUCUCCAUGAAGGCGCAGACAUUGAACUUCCCGCUCCGGACGGUCGCCAUGCGCUCCACUUUGCUGCCGAGUCGGGACAUGCCCAGACUGUUCAAGAGCUCCUGUCGUGGCGAGCCCACGUGGACGUCACAUCGACCGGGGACGGCUGGACUCCCCUGCAUGUGGCGUGCUCGAAAGGGCACGCGGCAGUCGUGGAUGUUCUCUUGCGAGCCGGGGCCACUGCUACCUUGUGCACUGUUCAUAUGCAUCAGACAGCGCUUCACGUGGCAGCCGAGCUGGGCUAUGUCAAGUGUGUGGAAGUGCUGUUGCAGCACACAGACGUGGACUUGCUUCAAUGCGUCGACCGGAGCGGCGCCACGGCCAUCCAGUUGGCCCACUUUGCACAUCAAUCGAUCGUGUACGAGCUCCUGUACCUUCACCAGAGUGACAGUGUUCUCCACGACCGCAUGUUGGGCAUGCUCUUGACGAGCACUGGGUGCACACCUCACCGGUAG